AGCCGACCUCGGAGUGGAGAUCGACGCCAAUGCCGGAUAAAUAGAAAAAUCCAGCAUAAUGAGGUUCGGAUCUCUCGCUGUACAAUGUCGCGAUAGCUUCAAUUGCAACGGUGUCCGCGGUACUUACUUGAACAGAAGUGCUAUGUGUAUGGUGUGAGGACUGAAGCCACUGGAGAAAUAGGACAGUUGGAUUCAUAGUCAGUGUGACCAUGAGCGGAUUGCUUCGUGGAGUUAGAUAUUCUGUUCGAUUUGGGGUUUGAAGAGUUUCGUUUCGUCAUUAUCCAAUCCCCAAGUACCACCGCAACCAUGAGCGACGCAAAAGCCGAACUCUCCAUCCUCAUCGUCGGCGCUGGCAUAGGCGGCCUCUCCACCGCCCUCCACCUCCACGCUGCCGGCUUCACCUCCAUCCGCAUCUUUGAAUCCUCCUCCUCCAUCACCCCCCUCGGCGUCGGCAUCAACCUCCAACCGCACGCCGUUCUCCUCCUCCGCAACCUUGGCCUCCUCCCGGCCUUGCACGCCUCCGCCAUCGAGACCGCCGACCUGAACUACUACACCCAGCACGGCGAGCUCAUCGUGCGCGAGCCGCGCGGUCUUGCGGCUGGUUAUGCCGUCCCGCAGUUCAGCGUCCAUCGCGGGGAGCUACAGAUGAUGUUGCUGGAUGCAGUAAGGGAGCGGUUGGGGAAGGGCGCGGUGCGGUUGGAUCACGCGUUGGAGCGGUUUGAGCAGGGUGAGGAGGAGGUGACGGCGCAUUUUGUGAGGAAACCGGCCAAGGGAACGGACGAGGUGGUUGGGCCGGCGGAGAUCCCGACGGCGAGCGGACAUGUAUUGCUGGCGUGCGAUGGGAUCCACUCGAGUUGCCGCGCGCAGCUCUAUCCGACCGAAGGGCCCCCCCGGUUUUCUGGCCGGAUCUUAUGGCGCGGCUGCACGGUGCGGGAGAAGGGGUUCCUCACGGGCCGGAGCAUGGUGUGGGCGGGGCACGCGGAUCAGAAGUUUAUCGCGUACCCGAUCGGCGGGGGAUCGUUUCGGAAAGGUCGGAGUUUGGUGAAUUGGAUCGCGGAGUUGCGGGUAAGGGACGAGGGGGAUCCGGACUUGACGCCGCCGCCGGUGGAUUGGUUGCGGGGGGUGGAUCGGGAGAAGUUCUUGCCAAGAUUCGUGGGGUGGCGGUUUAUGGAUGAGAGGGAGGGGAGGGAUACGACGCAGAGUGAUCAAGUGUUGGACGUGGAGGAGCUGGUCGAGGCGACGGAUACGGUCUAUGAGUUCCCCAUGUGCGACCGCGAUCCGGUCGAUCGGUGGUGCGAAGGGAGGAUGACAUUGAUGGGCGACGCAGCCCAUCCGAUGUAUCCCAUUGGCUCCAACGGCGCCUCCCAAGCCAUCCUCGACUCUGAAGCACUCGUCACCGCCUUCCUCUCCCUCCCGCAAACCCCCUCCGGCCUCAGUGCCGGCGUCGCCUCCGCCCUGCAAGCCUACGAGAAACAACGCCGUCCCCCCACCACCGCCAUCGUGCUCUCCAAUCGCGCCAACGGGCCCGAUCAAGUGCUGCAACUCGUGUAUGAGCGAGCGCCGGACGGUCUGCAGGGCAGACACGUGCAUGACAUUGUCCCGGAGAAGGAAAUCGAUGAGGUCGGACGCAAGUAUAAGCAAAUUGCCGGGUUUGAGGUGACGAAGGUGAAUGCGAUGGCGGUGGAGAGUGAGGGGGUGGCGGAAAGGGCGGGAUUGCGGUCGCCGAAGGGGUGGCAGAAAGGAGAUGAGCGAUUGUAGACUUGGACAUAGCGGGGAAUGGUUAUGGGAGGAAUAUCGCACGGAAAGCGGCGGACCAUAGAGAACGAAAGGUCCGAGACAGUUCUAUUCCUAUUAGCCAUUCCUUGCUGUGUUUCUAUCUCUUUGUUGCCAGUAUCCAUGCCAUUCAAAAAGAUUAUCGUGGUGGGUAUCUCUCUUAGAAGAUAUACAAUGCCAAUACACGCAUCAGUUAUACCGUACCAAACACUGCGACAAGGUUAGAGGACCCGAGUCCUCCAAUGUCGAAUACGCACUCGAAUACGUAGAUCUAGUAAUACUAUGGA